CGAGUGAGGCAGCCCCCCCACAUGGCCUCCAUGCAGGACGGGGUAAACUUCACUGCUCCUCCCUAUGGCAAGGUCCUACUGCUUGGGGCCAUCGCGGCUGCCUCUGCCUUCGUCGUCACCAUCCUCAUCGUCGUGCUCUGCGUGGGAUGUCAGAGGAAGGGGAAGACUCACGGUGGCUCCGGCGAGGGCGGAAAGCACCGGCUAAUGGACAUGAGUAUCCUGAGGCAGUCCAAGCUGAGGUCCAUUAGCAAGUCGGACACAAAGCUGCACGAGAUGAACAAACUGAACUGCAACGGAAAAAAGAAGGACAAGAAGAACCGGCCAGCCAGCAUGGACCUGCUGCUUCUCCCCAGCCGACGCUCCAACUCGGACCGGCAGCUGCCGCAGAUCCCCCCCGGCAAUGGUGAGGAUGGUGAUCACACAUACUCUGAGGUGGGCCGCCGCUCCUCUGCAAGCCGUUGCCCUGACGACGCCCUCUAUGCUAUAGUAGGGGGCAGGGCUGGCGAGACGGACACCCCCGCGCCGCCGGCCGUCCCGGCCAACACCCCUGCGCCCCCCGACCCGGACGGAGACGGCGUGGACGGAGGGAUGGGGGACCCGGAGAGCAUCACCCCGCAGGCCAUGGCACCCAGCGCCGAGCCGCCGCCCCAGGGGAGCAGCGAGUACGCCUGCAUCCGCAAGGUGCGCAAGGUGGACAAGGCGGCGCAGAAGAGGGACAACGGCACCGAGACGGAGGAGCUGGUCCAGCAGAGGCACAGCAGCGGAGACCUGCGCCACGGGCCGCCCUCACACCCUGCGCCGCCGCCACCGCACCCCCACAGCAUGAAGAUGCCCCGCAAGAACAUCGAGGCCUUUAACCUGCCCACCUUCCCCAAGGAAGCUGUUUUCAUGGGUAAUGGCGAGGAGUACAUUUGGAAGCCGCCAGAUGACGAUGACUUCGUGAUACAACACAAACAGAUAAUGCCUCUGGGCGACAGCUUACAACCAUCAGCAGCUGGGAUUGCAGACAUGUACUCCAAAGUGUGUAAACCUGGCAAGAAGAAGAGAGCCAUGCCUGGGUCACCUCCGGGAAACACAGGCUACCGGACCUUGGGGCGUGGGGACCGGGAUCGCGAUCGCGACGGGGGCUUCAGCGUGGUGGUCAAGCCGCAAACGUGGGCCCCGCAGGAGGCCAAAGGGGCCCGCGCGCCCCCCGGCUCCAUGGAGGACCAUUGCUACGAAGCCAUUGGCUCCGAAGAGUGUGACCCGGCCUACGAGGCCAUAGAGGGCGGUGGAGGCUGGAAGCCUCGGGAGAGGGCCCCUCCCAUGCCCAACGCCAGCGCCACACUACGGCCAAAGAAGAAGAAGCCUCAGCAGCCCCUACAGCAGCCGCCACCCCCUCCUCCUCUCCAGCUGCAGCAGCAGCAGCAGCAGCAGACUCCUAAAAUGCAGCACGCGCCCGCCAAGUCCAUGCUGCUGCCGGGAGAGAACCUCUAUGAGAGCAUUGCGGACCUGAAGCACGGCUCCACCUCCGCCAGCACCACCACCAUCUUCACCUUCAACGACGGCAUGGAGAUGUACGUCACUGGCUUGUAG